AUGAUGUCAAGGGCAGGAGCGACUCGAUGGAACAUGGGCUCUGCGACUUCCAUUUCCAUUCUCAUUUCCAUUUCUAUUGGAUUACUCGAAGUCUGGAAGGAACGACGGGAAAUGGACGGGGACGGCCGGGGGAAGGAAGGGACCGGGAGGGGGCGGGACUGGCAAGUACCUCCAUGUGUGACACGGAAAGAGCGCGGAUGGACAGGAAGGAGCUUAGUAUGGAAGGCAGGAAGGAGACACUCGAGACCCUUGCUGCGUCGAGCUUCCCAAAUCCCAAGGCGCCUCAUCAUCAUCCUCUGCCUCCUCUGCCUCCUCUUCGUUGCCUCGUCCAAACUUUUUUCUAAAUCGGAAGAAGAGCGUCACUGCCACCGAGGUAUCUUGCAAAGAUGCCCUACCAUGGAAUCAGACCCCAGUCUCUGUGUCGUCUCUCGAAAGUCAUGCCGCAGCCAAACACCACUUCGGUCGGUAUCUUCGGCGUGUAGCGCAUGCACCAGCUGCAGAAACGCACAACACAGACACAGCCACCCUACAACGACGACACAUUCGAUGCCCGUCGAAUCCUCACCGGCAAACCCCAAGCUGGCGAAUCACAUAGAACCAUACAUACGUGACCAGUCCAGACCGCACCCUCCAAUACACCUCCACAGCUUCCUAUCGCCAGAGAGACCCCAAAGUCCCAUCGCCCGCUUGUCAGUCUAUCGGGUCUAG